AUGAUAAGUAAAUAGAUUUAAGAAAAUGGUAUUAAAAAGAUAAAUAAUGAUUCACAGAAAAUUGCUAAACCACCGAUUAAUUAAUAAGAAAAAUAAAAUAAAUAAAAACGAGAUUUGAUUUAAUAAAAGAAUACCAUUUCUUCUAAAUCUUCAAAUGAUCUUACUUUAAAAGAAAUUUAGAAUGAUAGCUCUACUUACUCAAUUUAUCCUAAAUAAGGAUCUGAAGUAAAAGUUUAAGCUACUGAAGGUUUGAGUAAAAAAAUUUAACGAUCGGAAUCAUAGAAUAAAAAAAUGUAGCUAAAGAGAUGUGAUACUAGUACUGACGCAAACAGGAGUUAAUACUCCUCAAACUCUAAUAUACCUUAACUUUCUAUGUUAAAAAAAUCUUAAGUUUCUGUUUAUGGGUCUGAAGCAGGAAUCAAACCUAUAACAAAAAAUCCAUGGGCUCCUUUGAAGAAUGGGGAAGAUAAUAAACCUACAAAAUCUUUAAAAAUUAUUAAAUAGCCUAAUUUAAAGUAGCAACCUCAAUAAAAUUCGAAUAAAAUUAUAAAAGGUAUUUAAAUAUUUAGAAAGUUAAUAUUAAUAUCCAAGUUAAAAAAAUGA